CCAAAAGAAGAAAAGGUAGGAAUUCUCCUUCACCGAAGCCUGUACAGAACGAGCGACUGAGCGUCGAGAGAGAUUGUAUAUAAUUUUCCGUGUUAUAUAGGAGAAGAACAUGUUUCUGUUGGAAUGGUUCUAUGGGGUGUUAGCCAUGUUAGGAUUGGCCAUGAAAGAGGCCAAGAUCCUAUUUUUAGGACUGGACAACGCUGGCAAGACUACGCUUCUACAUAUGCUUAAAGAUGAGAGAUUAGCACAACACCAGCCAACGCAGCAUCCCACGUCUGAGGAGCUCUGCAUUGGGAAGAUCAUGUUUAAAGCCUUUGAUUUGGGUGGGCAUCAGAUUGCUCGGAGGGUUUGGAAAGAUUACUAUGCUGAGGUUGAUGCUGUAGUAUAUCUGGUGGAUGCGGCCGACAAAGAGCGAUUCUUUGAAUCAAAGAAUGAGCUGGAUGCAUUGCUCUCAGAUGACUCUCUAUCAAAGGUUCCAUUCCUUAUUCUUGGCAACAAGAUAGACAUCCCUUAUGCAGCCUCAGAAGACGAACUUCGCUAUUGCCUUGGCCUGGGAACCUGCACUACCGGCAAGGGGAAGGUGAACUUGUCAAACUCUAACAUCCGUCCUAUUGAGCUCUUCAUGUGUAGCAUUGUUCGUAAGAUGGGCUAUGGUGAUGGUUUCAUGUGGUUGUCACAAUAUAUCAAGUAGACAGUUGAUAAUUAGCUACAACCAUUUCUCUUUGAUUCUCUAAUAUCAGAAGACUUUGCCCUCUUUUCCACUUAAUGUACAGUGAGUCAAUGACUAUGCAAAGUAAUUGAAACUUCCAGCUUGUCCAUUUUUCUAUGAAAAAAUGAAAAUUCAU